UUAAGGCCCGCCCCGUGAGUCGUCGCUCGCCGAAGCCGAUGGGCUCCGGAGGCUGUGUGGCGUGGCGGCUCGUGUCGCUGCUGUGGCGUGGGGCCCUAUUCCCGGGAGCGGGGCCCUCGGUGGGCCCCGGGCCGCGGCUUGGGCUGCUGGCUGCGGGGCGGCUUAAGGCGGGACCGGCGCUGGGUCUGGCCUGCCUGACACCGGACCGCGCGCGCGGUCUGCAUGGCGGACCGGGCCUGGAGGAGAGGGCAGCCGGCCAGGGGCGCCCGGAUUCAGGCACAGCAGAUCAUACUGGUCCCAAGUUUGACAUCGAUAUGCUGGUUUCACUUCUGAGGCAAGAAAAUGCAAAAGACAUUUGUGUGAUCAAGGUUCCUCCAGAACUGAAAUAUACAGAUUACUUUGUGAUUGGUAGCGGAACUUCCACCCGACACUUGCAUGCGAUGGCCUACUACAUUGUGAAAAUGUAUAAAUACCUGAAAUGUACAAGUGAGCCUCAUGUUAAGAUUGAAGGGAAGGACACUGAUGACUGGCUCUGCGUGGACUUUGGCAGCAUGGUGAUUCACUUGAUGCUUCCAGAAACCAGAGAAACCUAUGAAUUAGAGAAAUUAUGGACCCUGCGUUCUUAUGAUGACCAGUUAGCACAGAUAGCACCUGAGACUUUACCUGAAGACUUCAUUCUCGGAAUAGAAGACACUUCAUCCCCGACUCCGGUGGAGUUCAAAUGAGAAUAAAAGGAUAUGAAUUGUUUCAGUCA